CCUUUCUUUCUCUUCUUUAUAAAUAUUAAUAAUAAGACAACACCUUCUUUUUUAAUUCACUCAUUAUCUAUUUUGGACAUCUUUUUGUCAUUCUCGCAGAAUAUUAUAAAACUCAUCACACCAUGAUGAAAGGAAUAAAGGGUGUUCUUACAAGAAGUAAAUCCCAACGUGAUACCAAAGGAAGGCAGGUGUCAAAUAAACCAUCCAACAAUACAAAAUCAACAACAACACCAUCCUCCACUGAUAGAAUUAUGGACGAUAUAAACAUUACCACCAAUACCACUUCCGUUGGCAUUCCUACCAAUACUACGACGACAACAGUGACAACAACGAUGACAACGACGACUACCAUUAAUACGACUACAUUGGAUUCUUCUACUAAUGUCAAUAUGACUGAUACUACUCCAUCCAUAACAAAUUCAACAUCUUCUGUACCUUAUAUAUCUGUUCAACUCGACAAUUCAAACAAUAAUAUGACAUCGAGAUCCAACAUACUUCCGAAGAACGGGUUGAUGCAAGGCACUCCAAAAGAUACCAUCCCAGUGAAAUCACCUCGACGUCAACGAUCAUCAAGAUUCUUUGUUCGUAAUGUAGUAGAACUAGAACAAUACCCAAAUUUCCAAGAGGUACCUUUAUCACAACGUCAAGAUUUAUUGAUCAAAAAGUUGAAACAAUGCCAAAUAUUGUUCGAUUUUAAUGAUCCAUCAGCAUGUUUGGAAAGUAAGGAAAUCAAACGACAGGCAUUACAAGAAAUGCUUCAUUAUGUUGGAACUACUCGUGGUGCUGUACCUGAAUCUAUUUAUCCUGAAGUCGUUCGAAUGUUUUCUGUGAAUAUGUUUCGAUCCAUCUCUCCUCAAGCAACCCCUAUGGCGGAAGGUUUUGAUCCUGAAGAUGAAGAACCCGUAUUUGAAUUAGCGUGGCCACAUUUACAGUUAGUCUAUGAAUUCUUCUUACGUUUUGUGGAAUCUCCAGAUUUCAACGCUCAAGCUGCCAAGAAAAAUAUUGAUCAAAAGUUUAUUCUUCAGUUAUUGGAAUUAUUUGAUAGUGAAGAUCCUCGAGAACGUGACUUUUUGAAGACUAUAUUACAUCGACUUUAUGGCAAAUUCUUGAAUCUACGGGCUUUUAUUCGAAGGUCUAUCAAUCACAUCUUUUUCCAGUUCAUUUAUGAAGUAGACCAUUUCAAUGGUGUAGCUGAACUUUUAGAAAUCUUGGGAAGCAUCAUCAAUGGAUUUGCUUUGCCUCUAAAAGAAGAACACAAGACUUUCUUGUUCCGAGUCCUACUUCCUUUACACAAACCACCGUCCUUAGCCAUGUACCACCCUCAAUUGACAUAUUGUGUUGUACAAUUCUUAGAGAAGGAUCCAACCUUGACUUCCGAUACUGUCCAUGGAUUACUACGGUAUUGGCCAAAAGUCAAUAGUGCAAAAGAAGUCAUGUUUUUGAAUGAAUUUGAAGAAAUCUUGGAUGUUACUGAUGCAGUGGAAUUCAAAAAGAUUAUGACUCCUCUGUUCCAGCGUCUGGCGCAAUGUGUAUCCAACCCUCAUUUUCAGGUGGCGGAGCGGGCUCUGUACUACUGGAACAACGAAUAUGUGGUGACUCUUCUUGCUGACAAUAUUGAUAUCAUUAUGCCUAUUAUGUUUCCUUCCCUUUACAAACAUUCACAAACGCACUGGAAUAGAGCUAUUCAUGGAUUGAUUUAUAACGCUUUGAAACUAUUUAUGGAUAUGAAUCCCGCCUUAUUUGAUCUUUGCACAGAACAAUUCAAACAUGAAGAACAAAUGGAACAAAGGAAUCAAGAACACAGAAAAGAAGCUUGGAAAUUACUGAAAGCCAAGGCUGCUAGUCGACAGGCUUCCAUAACAAUGACAACCAAUAAUGUGAUGGAUACUGAGCCUAUUGGAUUAUCUAAUACCACGACUGUUAUCUCCCCUCCUUCUUCACCGCUUCCUACUUCACCAAGUCAAGCUGCAGAUGAUUCCGAUGCUGAUUCAUGGCAUAGUGUUUAGCACUUCCUUCCUUCUUCUUCUUUUUUUUUUUUCUAUUCAAAUAAUAAAGUAUUCAUAUUUCAGG